AUGACAGUCCAACAGAUUAACUCGAAUAUUUCUGACGACUCUGAUGAUAUGGUUAGUUUACCAUCCGAAGAGGAGAUUUAUAGGCGAAAAUACCAGUUGCUGCUAGAACGAUGUGAGGUCCUACAACAGGAUAACGAAAGAAUUAUUAAUAGAAUACAUGAAGCGAAGAAAAUAACCAAACGGUACCGGAAAGAUAUUAAAUUAUUGGUGGAAAGAUUAGACAGACAUGGGGAUCAGUUUAGAACUGCAUGCUUGGAGGUUGAGACGAAACCCGAGGUGAUAGUGCGACCAGCUCGUGCAGGUGGCAAGACUCAAGCUGUCUCUAAACAAACUGAGAAACAGAAUGCUGCUGGUGGUAAGAAACCUGGACCUAAACGAAAGAGUAAAGCAGAUAAGCCUGAAAGAGAUCCAAACGCACCUAAGAAGCCUUGCAAUGCAUUCUUCCAAUUCUGCCAAGAACAGCGGCCACUGGUGGUAGCAGAGGCUAACUCUGAGUUGGGAUCCGAACCUUCAAAGCAAGAGGUUACCAGACAACUGGCUUCACGUUGGAGGGCCCUCAAUAAUGAAGAGAAAAGAGUGUAUGUAGCAAUGUUUGAGAGAUCAAAGGAAAAAUAUGCAGAACAAAUGUCAGCCUACAUAAAGAAGGAACAAUGA